CACGAGCACUUGAUGUCCGAGCGGCUAUAAUCGGGAUCGGGGAUCAAGAUCUUUUCAUGUUCGCAUUGACAUCAUUCCGGAUAGUAUACGAUAACAAUGACCGACUUUGAGCCUCGAAAACGCCGCCGGCCUGCCAAAUCCUGCGAGCAAUGUCGCCAACGCAAGAUUCGCUGUGAUCGCAAUGUGCCCUGUGGCCCUUGUACACGAGCGCGGUCAUCCCUGGGCUGCUCUUAUCGCCAAUCGUUUCGCUCCCCGACCCCAGAUACCCACCAAACGACUCUGCGGGCUUCCCGUUCAUCACACGGCGCGGUGGUUGCACCGAGCCGUCCUCCGAUAUCUGAGGCUCACGGAGAUGAUUUGACAGGAUCCCUGAUCGACACGCCAUUUAUUGACUCUGGACGGGGUGAUGCAAGCAAUGGUUCAUCACAGCUUAGCGCAGCGAUCCGCGACCUCCAGGUCCGUCUACAGCACCUGGAGGAGCGACUAGCCGACACGGGGAUAACACAGCCUUCAGCUGCUUCGGAUUCUGCUAUCGAGCAGACGCUACGAGAGCUAUGCAGCAAGGUGCAGAGCUUAGAACAGCGGCUAGCAAUUUGUCCAGAGUCUACUCGGACACUGAGAGAAGAACUGUCCAUUACCGCAAUGCCUCCUCGCCUUCAUACCAGUGCGAAAAAGAUGAAGCUGUUUGGACCGACUCAUUAUACGCACACAAUGGACAAGUUCCAGCUUGUCGGCUCGCUGGAGGCCAAGGGUCCUCAGCCACUAUGCCCCAAACUCAGGGCAGAGCUGACCGCUCAAACCAAAGACAUGCGCGAUCUCCGUAGAUCAGUCAAGAUGCAGCAGACCCCUCGACUGAAUGACCCUGUAUCAGACCUCCGCGACACCAUCCCAGCCAGAUCAGUGUGCGACGAACUGGUGCAAUGCUACCUGCGGACGUUCGAAGGUGUAUAUCGCAUCUUGCAUAUACCGUCCUUCAUGAAGGAAUACCAACAGUUUUGGGACCAGCCUCGAACAACUGCGACUCCAUUCCUUAUGAAGUUGGCUUUGGUUCUUUCCAUUGGCACAACAUUCCGGUCGGAGCAAGGCAAAGCCGGCACAGACUACGAUACUCGACUCACCCAGACCUGGAUCUAUGCUGCUCAGUGGUGGCUGACAGGCCCAACAGAAAAGUCCACAUUUAACCUGGACGGCCUUCAGAUUUUCUGCCUACUACUCCUCGCUCGCCAAAUGGGACCCCCAGGACCGUCUCCAUGGCUCUCAGCCGGGACCCUCCAGAUAGCCACGGCCAUGGGACUGCACCGCGACUCCGCGCACUUCCCUUCUCUCUCUCCAUUCCAGACCGAGAUGCGAACCCGUCUCUGGGCCACCGUGUUUGAACUGGUUCUCCAAUCCUCGCUCGAAUCAGCCUCUCCUCUCUCAAUGCCUUUCUCCGACACCAAGCCCCCAUCCAACCUCAACGACGCCGACAUCAACCCAGAUCUAAAGCAACCUCCAAUCUCCAAGCCCAACACCUCCCAAACCGACACAUCGCUCCAACUCCUUUUGCAUCAGUCAUUCUCCCUCCGUGCCGAAGCCAUCCAACUAAUCCACAGCCCCAAUCGCAUCCCCUACCAACAAGCCAUCGACCUCUCCACCAAGCUGCGCACCACCUGCCACACCAUCACAGCCUUCUUCCAAUCCUUCACCACAACCAACACCACUCCAUCACCCAAUUCCCUCCCCUACCCAACCCCCUUCCACCACAAACACCUCCUCACCACCCUCCACCGCUACAUCCUCCACCUCCACUUCCCUUUCGCCCGCGAAUCCCUCACAACCCCCCAAUACCACUUCUCCCGCAAACUCUGCCUCGAAUCCGCUCUCACCAUCGCCUCAUACAACCCCAGCACCGAUCCCUCAGCCCAGCUCGACGACUUCUCCCGCCUUGUCCUCACAGCCCGAGGCUCCCUCCGCGGCCCCCUCAACCUCGACAUCAUCUCCGCCCUCGCCCUCGAACUAACCACCCAACUAGAAGAAUCCCCUCCACCACCAUCCCCAGAUCCAAUCCAAACCCCCCUCGCAACCCUAACCACCACAGCCCGCAUCCCCAUCCUCCAAACCCUCCAACACCUCCAAGUCCAAAGCGCCCACGUCUUCCAAGCCCUCAAAACCCCAAGUCUAAAACGAUACAUCAUCGUCUCCGCCCUCGUAUCUCAAAUCAAAGCCAUGGAAGCCGGAAACCGCAAUACCCAAACCGUGGUGUAUGAUACAGUGAGGGAGUGUUUGGGGGUUUGUCAGGGCGCGUUGAGGGAGAUGUUAUCUUCAUCCCCGUCCUCAUUUCCAGCCUCCUCGUCAGCUGGGAUCAUGAUGACCCCGGCGGAUAGUGGUGCCAGCGGUGCUGGUAUAGAUGCAAUGGGAGUAGAAGUGGAUUUAGGAUUAGGGACGGGUGUGGAUUUGACUGUGAGUAAUAUGCCUCUAAUUUUUAUCAUUUUAUUCGCUGUGUUUAGAUUCCCUUUACUGGUUUGGGGGUUUGAAUAUUUGCUGUGGAAAUCGGGAUUGAUAUACUUGACUUGAUUACGGUGACUGACUGGUUUGCUGGGUAGGAGGAUCUGGAGGGGCUGGAUUUGGCGAGUUUGUUGUAUAUGCCUGGGUUGGUGGAUCUUGGGG